ACAGCACGCAGAGAUUUGGGAUCGUUCAGAUCAGAGAGGAGACGCGGUAGAGCAGGAGCUGCAGUACCGGCACUGUAUAUUCAGCGCAGGAGAGAGCGGUUGCCUCAGUACAUUUAGGAUUUUCAGUUCUUUCACCCCGUGGUCGGUGCCAUGUCCUCUCCCUAGUAGUCCCCCGAGCCUUGCUGGAGUAUCUAGGAGAGCACCCGCUUUACUGUAGACUGUGGAACUGAGUGGCACCUGAAGGAUCGCUACUAUGCCUAUGGAGCUUAUGCAGAACAGGAUCAAGAAGAUCUGGCUGCCCAGGGACGAGAUGCCCGAGGUGCCCAUCAAUGUAGGUGGACCCCAACUUGCUAACUCUCCUACUGUGAUUGUAAUGGUGGGAUUGCCUGCUCGUGGAAAGACCUACAUUUCUAAGAAACUGACUCGUUACCUCAACUGGAGUGGAGUUCCUACAAAAGUGUUUAAUGUUGGGGAGUACAGACGAGAAGCUGUUAAAGACUUUAGCUCCUUUGACUUCUUCCGUAUAGACAACCAGGAAGCCAUGAAAGUCAGAAGACAAUGUGCCUUAGUUGCUUUAGCAGAUGUGAAGUCUUACUUGACCCAGGAAGGUGGACAAAUCGCCGUGUUUGAUGCCACAAAUACAACAAGAGAUAGAAGAUCAAUGAUAAUCGACUUUGCCAAAGAAAACGACUUUAAGGUGUUCUUUAUUGAGUCCGUAUGUGAUGAUCCAUCUGUUAUUGCCAGCAAUGUUAUGGAAGUUAAAUUGUCCAGCCCAGACUACAAAGGUUGCUCAUCAAAAGAAGCACUAGAUGACUUCAUGAAAAGGAUAAAUUGCUACAAGAACAUGUAUGAACCUCUUGAUCCAGAUAAUCAUGACAGAGAUCUCUCUAUGAUCAUUGUCAUUGAUGUUGGCCGAAGAUUUUUGGUGAACAGAGUACAGGAUCACAUCCAAAGCAAGAUAGUUUACUAUCUCAUGAAUAUUCAUGUCCAGCCCCGCUGUAUAUACUUGUGUAGAGCUGGUGAAAGUGAGAGCAACGUCCAGGGAAAAAUUGGUGGUGAUUCCGGUUUAUCACAACGGGGGAAAAAGUUUUCGUUUGCACUGAAGAAAUACAUUGAGGACCAGAACUUAAAUGAGCUGAAAGUCUGGACUAGUCAGCUGAAGAGAACCAUUCAAACAGCUGAAGCUCUGAAUGUACCCUAUGAGCAGUGGAAGGCAUUAAAUGAGUUAGAUGCGGGUGUUUGUGAAGAAAAGACCUAUGAAGAGAUAAAAGAGCAGUUUCCAGAGGAAUAUGCAUUACGUGCGCAGGAUAAAUAUCACUACCGCUACCCAUCAGGAGAGUCCUACCAAGAUCUAGUGCAGCGUCUGGAGCCAGUGAUCAUGGAGCUGGAGAGACAAGGGAAUGUCCUAGUUGUUUGUCACCAGGCUGUUAUGAGAUGCCUCCUGUCUUAUUUUCUGGAUAAAUCUGCAGGUAGGAGGACAUUCAGCAUGAUAUAUGCUCCAUACAUGUUUUUUUUACAGAUUUUUGCUUGUUUUGGGCUCAAUCUUAUUUUAUUUUCCCCUUCCUUCCCAGAUGAAAUGCCGUAUCUUAAGUGUCCACUGCAUUCAAUGCUUAAAUUGACCCCACUUGCAUAUGGAUGCCGCAUUGAGACAGUCACUUUCAGCAUUGAUGCCGUCAACACCCAUGUGGACAGACCAGAGGAUUGUAAGAAAGGUCCCGCUCCACUGAUGAGACGCAAUAGUGUCACACCUCUUGCAAGUCCUGAACCAAACAAGAAACAGCGGAUCAACAGCUUUGAGGAUCUUGCAUCUGCCCUGUCAGGUUGUGCAUCUCUGGAGCCAUCUACUGUUCAAACUACACAGCCUUUGCUUGGGAAGGCUUGCCUGGCAUAAGUGAACCUGAUCUUCACGGACAGUUUAAGACCUGUCAAGUCAACAAGUGAUCAUCUUGUCCCUUUCUGCGUUCCGUGCUCCAUUACCAAAGCUUGUCUGCAGAUUUCUUAUCUUUGGACUCAAGUGUUGGAGCCUGCAGCUGCUUAUGUCUGAACGCAUUAAAUCAAACUGGAAAAGCUGAUAAACACCAAAGGGUUUUGUUUUGUUCUUGGUUCCUUCUCCUACCAAGAGUUGGGCAUGGAGCCUCCGAGUCAUUUCAGUUAUGGGGUGCACAGCUGGAGCUGCUUGUACGCCGACAAAUCUCAUCUUGUGUCAUUAUGUUUUACUUCUGUUUUUAUUAAUGUUUCAUUUUGUAGUUAUUGCCCAGUUGAUUUUUAUUUUAUACUGUUUUAGAUGAGUAGUGAGUAAUUACUUAAAAACGAAUAAAAAGCUUAACGCCCUUCCUUCCCCACUGAAUGCUACAAAUCCUCAUGCCCUGAAACAUUCUGAUAUAUGGAGCAUGCUUUACCCUACUAUCCUAUGUGUGACAUUCACACUGUGGUACAGGGUGCAGCUCCAGAUUGCUCUUACAUGAAGCUUAAAUGGACUCUUCCUGCUCUUGCAGCCCUAUCCCAGGUAGUCUAGCUUGCUGUAUUGAUGCAUACAUAGGCACAAGUGGUCAGCCUUUUGAGCCAUAUAUCAUGUCUCCAUGUGCCUCAAUGGGAAUAUUAUCAUAUUCUAUGGUAAAAUGAAUGGAGACUCCUAUAUGUCUCCCCAAAAGCUGCUUGUAGAGAACAGCAUUCAUUGACUGCUUUCUAUAGCCCAAGCUUUCUGGAGCUGCUUCUACUGCUAAAGCCUUGACUUCUAGGCACACACACACUUUAUAAAUGUGGCACCGGGAUCAGCCAUAUCGUUGUGCUCUUUUGGCUGAAUCCUUGAAGAGCAAAAUGAUCUAAAUAGUUUGGAGGGAGGAUUAUAUUUUUGUACGGUUUGACUUUAUCUCAAAGAUGCAUAUUUGCACUUUAAUGUUUGACAGGGUAGUGAGUUUCAGAUGAUGCUUAGAAUUCAUGGCGUGGACAAAUAUGUGCCGGGACUGACACCUUUAAUCAGGGAUGCUCAAUCUGCGGACCUCCAGCUGUUGCAAAACUACAACUCCCUGCAUGCCCUAGUAGCUGUAGGCUGUCUAGGCAUGCUGGGAGCUGUAGUUUUACAACAGCUGGAGGGCCGCAGGUUGGGCAUCCCUGCCUUAGAUGAAGUCCAAUAUUCCAUCAGACGCCUAGAAAUACAAUAGCAAAGUGUUUUUCAUAUGUUGAUCCAAAUUGCUAUGAGAGCCACCAUUACGGUUGCACUGGGAAUGAUUUAGUGGACUGCAUAUUUGGAUUAUAUAGUCAUCCAAUAGAAAAGUGUGGAACUUUGUGUUAUUGCAGGCCACAGUCAACUGUCGUGGACCUGCAAAACUGCGUUUGAUUGUGUGGAAUUUUCUGUGCGUAAUAAUAAUGUUUAUUUUUGUUUUGUACUUUUUUGAUGUCUUGUUUUAAAGAGGAUAUGUCACCAGGUGUCACAAUACAAAUUGCAUACAUUGUUAAACCGAUCUUGGAGCUGAUGAAGCUGGUGUACUUGCUUUGAAAGUCCAUGUCAGAUGUGUUGUCUAAUAGUUGUUUUUGAAAAUUAAAUGUUUUAGGAGUUCAGGUCCUAAAAAUUGUAAAAAAAAAUAAUAAAAAAAUUAAAAUUAUGCAGCCAUUCUGACGUGGAUAUUCAAAGCAAGUACACCAGCCUUGUCAGGUCUAGGGGAUCUAUGUAUGCCGUUUGCAUUGUGAAAUCUGGUGACAAAUCCUCUUUAAGAUAAUUUAAAUUCUUCAGUUAUAUAGAAAUGUAAGGAGAUCACUCUCAAUGUUACCAGAGGCCACUGGAUAGUGCAAGUGCAUACACAAGGAUUUUGUUAAUGUUGGGUGUUACCCAUAUCCAUAGAUCUGCAAAUGUUCUACAUAUAAUCCAGUGAUCUCUGGGUCUACCUUUCUUUUAAAUGCACCCAUGGGUACAUGGGACAUGUAAUGGUUAGUGGCAUUGUAUUGACGUCUGACCAGCACAGUAAACUAAAUUACCCCUAAUAGGAGGGUUUAACAUUUAUUGUGUUUUAUGCUGGUUAUUCCUCUGUUUCUAGGUGCUCUUGGCUUUAAAUAACUGUAUGUAUUUCUAGUACUGGAAUGCAUUAAUGUUACAGGAGACCAAAUUUUUUUUUUUUAUUGUUUUUUGUUAUUAAGACUCAGUUUUUUAUUCUGUUUUAGGUAUGCUAUUUAUUUAUUUAAUGUUGUAAGUUCAGCUUAUGCUCCCAUUACAUUUGUGACAUGUUAAUUAUAUCUUUGUGUGUGUAUUUGUCUGGUAUGAUUGCCUAAGAGAAACUAUGUCUGCUGAUACAAGACAUGUCUUUUAGAUAUUUGUAUAUUUUGCAGUUGCUGGACCAAUAAAAUUAAAACACUUAGAAUAAUGUA